CGUCCAUCACCCAGGUCCCAAAGCGCCGUGGGCUAAAGGGGCGAGCGAUUUCUCUCACAUCCUCAUCCUCGACGGCUCAGUUGCGAUUGUAUUCAACAUGGCUAGCCGGGUCGCCUUCUGCGGUAUAUCCGCAUUGAGAUCGUCAUGUCGAGUUCCUUUGGUUUCCAGCAGGACGUACGCAGGUGCCGCAAGCAGCGCGCUGCACGCGCGCAAAACUUUCUUGUCCAAGAACAAGAACACUAGUCCAGUGGCGAAAGCCAGCACAACUGUCGGUAGUACGGUAGCCGAUGAAGUAUCAGACCAGGACGUUUCUCCAGAAGCCGUCUCUACGCCUUUGGAAAGCGAUCGAUCGUCUUCGAGAUCACAAACCGCGUCCUCAUCGUCGUCGCCCCUCGGUGCUGACCAGUCUGACUCAUCUGACGGGACUGUUGACUGGUCCAAUGGGUACCAAGGACUGUCGGCGAAGCCGUUCCCGAAGGAGACCAUUGACCUGCUGCUCGCACCCGUUGAUCCCGAGGAUGUGGAGGUCAAGCCUGAUGGCAUGAUUUACCUCCCUGAGAUCAAGUACCGUCGCGUUCUGAAUAAGGCGUUUGGACCUGGUGGUUGGGGCUUAGCACCGUGGAGCAAGUUAGAUAUCGGCCCAAAGGUCGUGAGCAGGGAGCAUGCUCUCUUUUGUCUAGGGCGACUCGUCGCCGUUGCGCGGGGAGAACAGGAGUACUUUGAUCCUGAUGGCAUUGCGACUGCGUCGGAGGCCUGCAAGAGUAAUGCCUUGAUGCGUUGCUGCAAGGACCUUGGUAUCGCCAGUGAACUUUGGGAUCCGCGCUUUAUUCGCGAGUUCAAGGCAAAGUACGCUGUGGAGGUAUUUGCAACGCAUGCUGUCACGAAGAAGGCGAAGAAGCUUUGGAGACGCAAGGACCAGCCCAAGUUCGAGUAUCCGUACCGGGAGUGAUGGAAGUCUCUGCAUACUUGUUUCUUGGCAAUGUAAUAUUAGUCUUUGGCGCUGUCAGCUAGCGUGGAUGAACCCCA